AUGCCAGAACAGGCGCACCUCAUGUACGUGAGAAUCAUAUCCCUUGAUGAAGCCUGGUACAAAUGGAGUGGCGACUAGGUCGCGUGUGAUCCGCGUAGACAAGGCCCGAGGUCUCGUCACACACUGCGCCCAACCUAAUCAUCCGUUUGCGGAGAGGUUCGGACAGCCGACUAAUGGAUGGUAGAAGAAAGAUCAAGUGAAGCCAACACUAGAAAGUUCAUCCUCGCGGCAAAUUAGCAUACUCCCCAUCAGAGCAGAUCGGAUACGGUUAAAUCUGGAAAGAGGCAUCAUGAGUCGUGGCUGGAAAGGAUUUCGACUGACUAGGUAACUCGGUCCUAACCCGGACUACUAGCUAGGCUGUAAUGUCUGCUUCUAAAAUAUAACCUUUAUGACAUUCGCACAUGUGGGAUCAGGCCCGUUCUUAUUGGGGGGGGGGGGGUGGGGCAGGUCGUACGUGACACACGCAGGCAGACUCAGCAAGGAUUAAGUAUGUGCGCGGCGUAAGAAAACGCCAACUGCUAUGUAACAAAAUCACCAGAGUCCUGACUUUCCUGCUUUAAUUGCAGAUUUAUGCAUUUCUACCUGACUGCUCUCCGUGCCGAACCUUUUUUUAAAAAAUGAACCUUCCCCUUACCAAAAAGCUACGUGUAAGGAUGCAAACCAAUGAAGACAUUUCAGCAGCGCCGAUGCCUCAGGUCGGUAGAGGUCGGCGAAUGUCAUUCUACCGAAGAAGGGCUGACAAAAACUAUACCGUACAACUUCCACCCGCACAAAUAUUGUAGGCAGUACUCCAAUGUUUUCCUCACCCCGCGCAUAUACUUAACCUUCACCCUUAUUUUUUUCAGCCAAGGGUUUGGGUUUUGCCUGUUAGCUACUCGAAAAUGUAGUCAUGAAGGAAAAAGUACAAAGAACCAUCCUCCUCAAUUGCGUAUUUCUACUACUUUCCGCUGAUUGUGUGGCGUUCGUUACCUUGACCUUGACAACUGGCCACUGUGGUCUCUAAGGAUCCGUACUCCAAAUAACCAGGAACCAGUAAAUAACACUAGUUCUAAUUCGUUUUGUAAGUCAUUGUGCCAAGAAAAUAAGUGGUUACAUCGAAGUGCUGAGUGAGCAGCUGUGCAUCUCUUGAUGGGGAAGGGGGGGGCAGAUAAUGCGAAACAAUGUCGCACAGAGCGAUGAUCGACUCAAAACACUGACCUUUCGUACGACUUCUUUUCGUGGGUAAAGACAGCCCCACCGUCGCGAACGGUAAUGCCAACCUCGUUCCCUCACAGCAUGGCGGUCUCAGGAACAGCGACGUUCGUAGCGUCUGACGCCCUCACACCUCCUCCCCACUCUUCUGGACCCAAGGACAAGACCAAGUCGGGAUAAUCAGUAAUGGUAUUGGAGGGUGGCUGGCGAAGAUGAACAGUCCGUCUACGCCCACGUGCCUGGUCCGCGCAUAAUGGACCCCAUUUUCGCAGAAUCGAGAAGUGUUCAGCUCGAACCCCAUCUGGGCGGAAGUAUCAUAGAAGCCGCAUUUCGAAGGGACCACGGUAGCCUGAUCCUCCGUCCUGGAAGGAGGGCCGAGUUAUACUGUCAGGUGGCAGCCUUCCAAGCUACAAAUCCAGGCCCUCAUUCCCUAGCUGUCUCCCCUAAUUCACACAUUUCUAUCUUAACACACGAGUCGCACAUAUAUGGACGUGCGCGCGAGCGAGCAAUCUCACUCCCUCACUCAUAAGUCUGUUCGACCGUCGAUUCCGACGAUCUUCACCAUGUACUACACAGCAGGGUGCAGCAAGCACGGCGACUUGCGCGUGAAUUAGUUUAUAGUGAAUGUAGACUUGCGCAUCACCUACCACACUCUCUCUUCCCCACUCCCCACUUGGACCCGGUGUCAGGAUAGAGCGAAGAAGACCGGAGGUGGGGGAGGGCGCAGUUGGCUGCCAUGACCGGACACGCACCUAAACGUACCACCCCCCCCCCCCCCCCCCCCCCCCCCGGUCCACAAAAUACACUUGACCAGGAUUUUUCACCAACAACAAUAACAACACCCCAACAGGGGUCAGAAGGACGAGGAUGACUGCGCAGCCAUGCCCACCAUCUGUAUACCCAGCGGGAGCUCAGGCGCAUCUACUGACAGGGAAUCAGGUGUCAGCGCAUACCAGGCUGCUAGGGCCAGGGUUUGCUGAUGCCUGACCUCGGACACUGGUCAGGUGGCAUUACAUUGUAAAACGUUGGGCUGAUCUCUGUUCUUCGUGCCUACGUUUAUUGCAGGGACAACCUUCUGCGUUUAAUUGGUGAGGUCGCCUGCGGUGGACGGGAGCUCCCCCAGUACACCUCCAUCCUCUGUCAGAUGGCAAAGGUGUUGAGUGCUGCCGCUACAGAAGCCGAGAAGUCCUCCCCCUCCUCCUCAAACGACCCACCUAAUUCCGAUGCGGCAACCUCAGCUGGUGAUCAAGCGGUCGAAGUUGAGUCAAAGCUCGAGGAUUCAGCGAGCGCAGGUGCGGGCACAGGCGACUCGGAGGUCCGCAACAGCACCAGCCGCCGUCGGAGACGGAAAGGAGGUCGUCAGUCCCAGCAAUCAUCACCCGAUACGGCCACUGCGUCUGCUAACGGCGAACCAGUUGAGGUGGAAAAAGGCGAGGGAGUCACUCUGGAGCAGUUACAGUCAUACUUCCGUGUCAAGAACGGCUUCAAAGUGCUCGCAAAGCAGAUGAAUGUAAGUUUAGUCUCUCCCUCCGACUGCUUGGCCUGCGUGUCUAUUCUGUUUGCACUUACCCUGGUGUCCUAUAAGCAGCUGCAUUACAGUCGCCAUAGUCCUGCCAGACUUUGUCCACUUAUUAAUUAUGCAGGACCUCUUCAUAGCUCAUCCCGUGUUCCGCCCUGUGUUGGGUUCAGCUUUGUCAGGCACUGUGUCCGAUAUCAACCCCGGUUGGCCUGACUUGAACAGGUUAUUGGUACAUAGAGGAGGGCCGGUACUGGAAAGUCCUUCCUCACAGCAAGUUAUCGCGUUCCUCACUAUGACAGUUCGACCGUCGAUUUCGACCAUGCUCACCGUGUGCUCCACAGCGCAAUGGAAGCAGGGACGGUAACUUGCCGGACACCUACCACACUCCCCCUCCCCCACCCAACCUGGGUCUGGUGCAUGACCAAGUCAAGAAGACCGGGUGCAGUUGGCUGGCGCGAACGGAGCCGCCCGUAAGCGUGCCGCCACAUCCAGCUCGGAUUUCAUGGAGUGCGAAUGCCAUAGAGACCACAUUAAGAAGGAGCCAUUGCAUCCUGACUCUCAGCCCACCACUCGGCCACUCCACACAAACGCACACACUGAGCUGACUGCGGGAUCUGCGUUAUCUCAUCAGGCCACAGCGCUUACGCACCGUGAUAGCUUUAAGCGCGUCAGAUUGUUUAUGGUGAGGAGGAAAUUGCGCUGAGACGUCGACCUUACACUCUCUGUCUCUUCCCCUUCCCAGGCGCCAGUCAACUGUCCGAGCCAGUCAGAUAUCUGA